AUGCCUCGACCAGAAAGACAGGAAACAAAUACAAGAAAGAAGAAAUAUGAGCAUUCACCAUCAGAUGAUGAAAGAAAAUCAUCGCGUAAUCAUAAAAAUUUUAAACAUUCAGAAACUUCACAUUCAGAUGAUGAUGAUAAUGCUCAUCGAAAACAAUCAUCAUCAUCAUCACGAAAUGGAAUAAAAUCACUAUAUAAAGAACCAUCAGAAGCUCGUGUACCUGAACAACGUUGGCGUUUAUCGGUAUCUAAAGAAGGCGAAGAUUUUCCACCUUAUCGUAUUUAUCGUCAAUCAAAAUAUAUAUUCGGUCGUGAUAAAGAUCAAUGUGAUAUUCGAUUACAUCAUGCAUCAUGCUCAAAUAUUCACGCUGUUUUACAGUAUCGUCUUCGUACUGAUUCACAUGGACGUCAUAUAUAUCCAUAUUUGAUCGAUUUAGAUUCAUCGCAUGGUACAUAUCUUAAUCGACGUCGUAUUGAUGCAAAUAGAUUUUAUAAACUAGAAGAAAAUGAUGUUAUACAAUUUGGUGAAAGUUCAAAAGAAUUUAUUCUUCUUCUUGAUACUGAUUCAUCAAAUAAACAUAGUAAUGAUUCAAAACGGUCAAACCAACAUAAACAUCAUGACAACAAAGCAAAAUCAAGUGAUGAAGACGAGAAUGAUAUUGACAUUCCAGAUGAAGAAAAUGAAGAAGAAAUUAUUCGUCGUCAAAGACUUCGACGUGAACAAUUAAAACAAAAAUUAAUUGAAAAAGAACCUGUAGAUGAAUCUUCCGUGGAUAGUGAUGCAAUGCAAGCUCAACAAUCUACUCCAACAACCAGUGAAGCAACUCCUCCUAUAAACAAUACAAAUAAAAUCAUAAAUGUUGAUGAUGAUGAACAAGCAGCUUUUCUUAAUCAUUGUAUUGAACAAGAACGAAUUGAUUUUGAAAAAUGUGCACAAGAUAAACGAAAUGCUAAUAUCGAUAGUGAACCAAUGCCAGGUAAUGAUGCUAAUUCACCAUCUAUUACAAAUCAAUUACGAAAUGAAGAAUUAGAAAGAAGAAAAGCUGUAACAAAUAAUUAUGAUAUGUUUGCUGACGAUGCUGAUUAUGUAGAUACAAAUAGUCCCGGUGCAUGGCGUCGUAGAGGAAAUUCAAAAGAAAGUGAAAAUCCACAUUUAAUUGAUAAUUGGGAUGAUUCAGAAGGAUAUUAUCGUGUACAUAUUGGAGAAAUAUUAAAUAAUCGUUUUGAAGUUUUUGGAUUUACUGGUCAAGGAGUUUUUUCAAAUGUUGUUCGAGCUCGAGAAGAAACAGGUGGAAAAAGUACAGAAGUUGCAAUUAAAAUUAUUCGAAAUAAUGAACUUAUGAAUAAAACUGGUUGGAAAGAAUUAGAAUAUUUACGUAAAUUAAAUGAAAAUGAUACAGAAGAUCGCUAUCAUUGUCUACGAUUAUUACAUCAUUUUACUCAUCGACAUCAUUUAUGUCUUGUAUUUGAACCACUUAGUAUGAAUUUACGUGAAGUACUUAAAAAAUAUGGUAAAGAUGUUGGUUUAAGUAUUAAAGCUGUUCGUUCCUAUGCUCAACAAUUAAUGUUAGCACUAAAACAUUUAAAAAAAUGUAAUAUUUUACAUGCUGAUAUUAAACCUGAUAAUAUCUUAGUUAAUGAAACGAAAUUAUAUUUAAAAUUAUGUGAUUUUGGUUCAGCAUCAUACGGAUCCGAUUGUGAAAUAACACCCUAUUUAGUUAGUCGUUUUUAUCGUGCACCAGAAAUAAUUCUUGGUAUGAAAUAUGAUUUUGCUAUUGAUCUUUGGUCAGUUGCAGUCACUAUUUAUGAAUUAUAUACUGGUCGUGUUAUGUUUCCGGGUAAAUCAAAUAAUGAUAUGAUAAAAUUAAUGAUGGAUCUUAAAGGCAAAGUACCAAAUCGGAUAAUACGAAAAGGUUUAUUGAAAGAUAAACAUUUUGAUCGUGAUUGUAAUUUUCUUUAUCAUGAAAUUGAUAAAGUAACUGAACGAGAUAAAAUAACAACAGUAACAAAUAUAAAUGCAACUCGUCAUUUAUUAUCACUUUUAGUUGGUCAUCAACGUUUACCAGAUGAUCAAAUGAAAAAAGUUGUACAAUUACAUGAUUUAUUAGAUAAAAUUCUUGUAUUUGAUCCACAAAAACGUUUAAAUAUUAAACAAGCAUUUGAACAUCAAUUUAUUCAAGAACGACAGUGA